AUGACUAAUAUAUUAGAAUCAUCAUAUAUUAACAAUGGUAAGACACUUCUUACUGUUGGCUUAACCAAACCACAUUUAAUUAUUUCAUCUAAAUGUGAAUCAAUUAUUGAUGGAUCCCAAGAUAGUAAUUGCUUCAAGCCAGUUAGAACCACUCUUGAACAGUUCUCAUUCCAAGAUAAUCCAAAACUCACUUCAAUUGGUAGUUAUUCUUUUUAUAAUUGCCCAAACCUCAAAAGUAUUGAUUUGUCAAAAUGCACAGAAUUGAUUAUUUUAGGACAGUAUGCAUUUGCUAAGUGUAACGCAGUCACAACUAUUAUUCUUCCAGAAGGAUUGCAAACAAUUUCAGCCUAUUCAAUUUCUGAACUUUCAAUAACUUCAAUAAAUAUUCCUUCUACAGUAACAAAGAUUGAAAUAUUCGGAAUUUGUUAUAUUGGAUCACUUCAUACAAUUACGUUCAGUAAAGGAUCACAGCUUAAAGAGCUCGUUUUCAAUGCCUUUCUAGUUACAAAGUUCACAAGUUUCGAAGUUCCAGAGAAUGUUACUAAGAUUAGUGGUGCUGCGUUUAGUGGAGUGGGAACAAUGACAAGCAUCCGUGUUAAUCCAUUGAACCAAAAUUUUUGGAGCGAUACCAAAGCAGUUUACGAUAGUACUAAAACAACAAUUAUCUACUGUGCUUCUGUUAUUGGAGAUUCAUAUGAAAUUUUACAUACUGUUACAAAAAUCAAUGAAGGAUGCUUUACGGGAUCUCAACUUAAAACUAUAAUUAUUCCGCCAGCAGUUACAGAAUUUCAGCAAUAUUCAUUUAGUUGCCAAUACUUGCAGAAUAUUCAAUUGCCACCAAAUCUUACUGGGAUUCCUACUUCUUGUUUUGCAGGUACUGCUCUAACAUCUGUUGUAAUCCCAGAUAAAGUUACAUGGAUUGGUCCUAGUGCUUUUUCAAAUUGUUAUUCACUAACUUAUAUUUAUGUGCCAGAAAGUGUCACUUCUCUAGGAGGAUCCUGCUUUCCAUCAAACAAAAAUCUAUUCAUCAACAUAUCUGAAAAAUCAAUAUUUAACAUAGAUAAACAGUUACUUGUUCUCACAAAAGACAACACCUCCAUUACUCAAUCAUUAAGUUCUGAAGCUAACAUUAAAAUUCCAUCAAAAGUAAGAAUAAUAAAGGUCGGCGCUUUUGCUAAUAGCCAAAGUUUAACAACAAUUUCAUUUGAUGAAGAUACAGAGCUCAACGAAAUAGAAUAUGGAGCCUUUGAAGAUUGUACUAAACUUACAAGUUUUUAUUUUGGUUCCAAAUUACAAACAAUUAAUGCGAAUGAAUUUAAGAAUUGCCCUCUUUCAAUGUUUUUAAGUUUUUCAAAUAAAUUAAUUAAAAUUGGAAUAUCAGCAUUUACAAACACCAAAUUAAUAUCACUCACAUUUAAUUCUGAUUCAGAUUUAAUAAUUGAAGAUAAUGCAUUUUCAAACUGUUUAUUGAUUCAACAAAUAUUAUUUAUCUGUAAGGGAACAAUUUCAUUAGGAAUGAAUUGCUUUGGUGGAUUAACUGCACUUCAAUCUAUCCAAAUUCCAGUAAAUAUCAUCUCAGUUGGAACUAGUUGCUUCUCUAGAUCUUCUAUUAGAUUAGUCACAUUUAAUCAAAAUCAUAUUUCUUUCUCUUCACUUCCUGCAUCAAUUUUCAAAGAUUGUACUGAGUUGACUUCAUUCACAAUUCCAACGAAUUGCAUCUCACUUGAUGCAGAAUGUCUCAGUAACAUAGGAAUCGCAGAUAUUGAGAUCCCCGAUAGUGUUAAAUAUUUGAGUACACAAUGUUUCAAAGACUGUGCAAGUCUUAAAUCAAUUACUAUCAAGUCAACAAGUAAUCUCGAAAGAAUUGAUGUUGGCGUUUUUGAUGGAUGUUAUAAAUUCAGCAAUGUUAGUUUAUUUGAUUCCAGAAACUUUAUGAGUGAGACUGGUGCUAUUUACAGUCACGACAAACGCAAUAUGUAUGUUUAUCCACCUGCAUCAACAAGAGUAUACUUUAUUCUUCUUGAAGGUGUAGAGCGUAUUGAGAAUGGUGCAUUCUCUAGUUGCUCAAAUCUCGAAGUUAUUACAAUUCCAGAUGGAAACAUCAAAUACAUUGGUGAGAAUGCAUUUAGAGGAUGUAUAAAUCUCAAGCAGAUUACCCUUCCUUCAUCAAUAAAUACUAUUGGUGCAGGUGCUUUCACAAACUGUCCUUUGCUUUCAUGCGGAGUAAUUAUUCAAAACUCUACUUCAGCAUUUGUACAAAUGGUGCAACAAGCAGGACUUGACUUGAGAUCUCAACUCCACUGUUCUCAAUUUUCAUGCAAACAAAAUUCUAUAAACUCACAUAGCCUACCAAUGUCUUCCUAUGUUGUUUUUAUUUUAAUGUAA